AUGACGGAUGAAACUAAAAUUGGGAAGGAAGAAUUAAGGGUGUGGAUAGAGGAUACAUUGAAAAGAAAAGAUUUUUCCUUUAGUUGUUUGAAAGACGGUGAUAUAUAUUUAGAACUAUUUGAAUAUAUAUGGCCAAAAGUGAUGAAAAAAUAUAAAGGAAGUAUUAUAAUGUAUCCAUCAAGUGAUAAUGAAAGAAAAGAAAAUUGGAAAGUAAUAAAAAUUGUAUUGAAAAAGGUACAACUUGAAGAAGAUUUUAUUAAGUAUAAUGAUAUUGUUAAAAAUAAUUUUAAACAAUGUUAUGAAUCAUUAAUUAUUUUAUAUUUCUUAUAUUCUUUAGUGAGAUAUCAUGAAUGUGAUUUUAUAUUAGCACAUCCGAUUGAUCAAAAAUUAACUGAUUUUAUGUCUAGUGAGAAACCUCUAACCUGCUUAGUUAGAGCAGGUAGUGUUAAUCUCCCAAAAAAUGUAUUUGAAAAUGUUGGGAAUAUGUCUCAGUGUGAAGAUCUACAUGUAAUAGAUGAUAAGGGGGAAAAUGAUGACAAGGGAAAAAAUGAUGACAGGGGAAAAAAUGAUGACAUGGAAAAAAAUGAUGACAAGGAAAAAAAUGAUGACAAGGGAAAAAAUGAUGACAAGGGAAAAAAUGAUGACAAGGGAAAAAAUGAUGACAAGGAAAAAAAUGAUGACAAGGGAAAAAAUGAUGACAUAUAUAAUGAAAUGUAUAACCAAUUCAAUAAGAUAUUAAGUACUUCUCAUAAAAAAUUAGAUAUGCAAAAUAAUGUAUCUUUUAAAAAAGAUAAUAUAAAAAAGGAUAGUUCAAUGGAACACAUAAAUUUGAUCUAUCCUAUAAAUUCUCAUAUGGAAGGUACCUUUGAUAAAUAUAUAAAUAAUUAUGAAACCUAUACAAUUGAUCAUAACAAAGAAGAACAACAAAAUAUGAUGGACCCCAUUAAUUCAAAUAGUAACAUCAAAAUGGAGCAAGUAUCAAAGGAAUACAAGAAAAAAAAAAAUUUUUUAGAAAUGAAUAAGGAAAAUACUGAAGAAUUAGAUACUAGAGUAAAUAGUAAUUAUACAAACAAAGAAAGAAAAUAUGAUAAAAAAUAUGAUGAAAGUGAUACUUUUGUAGGAUAUGAAAAAUGUGUAUAUGAUGAUACCAUAUCUUAUAAUAAACAUUUUAGUGAUAAGAUAUUGAGUGAUGUUACUUGGAAUCGUUUUUCUUCGAACAUUUCUUGUUAUGAUGAUAAUAUAUUAUAUAACAAAGAUUUGCAUAAUAAUGUGUCCAAUAUAUAUAAUGAUAAUAUGGAUAUAAAAACAAAGAAUUCAAACGAAUUUCAUAUAAAUGGGAUAAAGAGAAAGAGUGUAUCACACAAUUUAAGUAAUGUAUGCACUUCUCCAUGUAGUGAAUUUUUUAAAUAUUUUAGAUUGGACGACGAGAUAUUUCAAGACAAUAAAAAGAAUAAUAAUGUAGAUAUGAUAAAUAGUAAGGAGGAUCUAUUAGAAAAUGAUUUGGGUUUAUAUAAGAAAGAAAAAUAUAAUAUGCACACAUAUAAAUAUAACAGCAACAAUAAUAAUAAUAAUAAUAAUAAUAAUAAUAAUAAUGAAUGCUUUGGAAGACGUCCUAUCCAUUUCUUUAAACAAUUUAAUAAACAUAAGGUAGAUGUGUCAUCACAAACAGAUAAUAAUCGAGAGGAUAUAUUUUUAAACAAUAUAAUUCAUCAUGAGAAUAUAAAAAAUCUAGAAAUUAUAUGGAAUAAUAAUGAACAAAAGGUGAAGGGGGAAUCUUUAAUUCUUUUCUUAAAAAAUCAAAUAAAAAUGUAUAAAAAAGAAUUAAGAAUCCAAAAUGAUGAAAUAAAAAGUAUACAAAAUAUACACAAAAAAAAUAUAGAUGAUAUAAUAUCAUCUCAUAUAUUAGAAAUAUCCAAACUUAAGGAAAAACAUCAAGCAGAUAUUUUUUUCUUAAAAAAUCAGCAUUUAGAAAAUAUAGUAAGUGUAAGAAAAAAUUUCGAAUCAAAAUUAAAUCAUAUAGAGGAAGAUCUUCUCUUAGAUUUGAAUAUACUUUAUAACGAAGAUAAUGGUUAUAGAAUAAAUGAACAAAUUAAUCAAAUAAUUAUAGGAGAACAAAAUGAAAGAGAAAAAUAUGGAACAGACGAACACAUUGAUAAUUUUCUCAAUAAUAAGGAGAUCAAUAAAUGUGAUAUGAAUAACAAUGUGAACAAUUCUAAUGAUCAUAUAAAUAAUAAUAAUGAUGAUAAUAUAAAUAAUAAUAAUAAUGAUGAUGAUAAUAUAAAUAAUAAUAAUAAUGAUAAUAUAAAUAAUAAUAAUAAUAAUGAUGAUCAUCAUCAUCAUCAUAUAAAUAAUAAUAAUAAUAAUAAUAAUACUUUAAAAUGUUCAGAUAGAGCUAAUAACAUAAGGGAUGUUAAUUAUUCAGAAAUAAAACAUAACAAUAAUCUUAUGAUAUAUGAAAAGGAUAAAAUAAAGGAACACAUAUCUAUUAAUGGUAUAUUAUAUAAUAAUAUUUCAAAUGGAUUUAUUAGAAAUAAUGAUAUACCCUUUAAACAUGAGGAACAUAAUUUGAGAAACAAUAUUAUUAUUCCACAUGGAUUAGAUAACCCACUUAAGAAGCUGAAAUUUUUGUGGAGUUACAAGAAUAAAGAACAUGAAGAAAACAAUAAAUAUAUAAAAGAAGAAAUGAUUCACCUUAAGAAAAUAUAUAACCAAGUAUUCUUAGAAAAAAGUAAAGAAUACGCUGAACUAUAUGUUAACAAUAAAAUAUUUUAUGAUAUAUUACAAUAUAUUGAAAAGGACAAUAAUUUUGUUAAAGAAGAUAUAUUCAAAAAAAGUAAUGAACAUUAUGCUAUAGAAGAAAUUAAGAAAAGAAUAUAUGAUAUUAUAUUAAAAAAUAAUAAUGAAAGUAAUACAUAUAUGAAUGGGAAGAAAAAAGAAGAAAACCAAAUUGUUAAAGAGCUAGAUGAAAAUUGGUUAAUUAAAUUAUUAAUAUAUAUGAACUCAUUACUACAAAUAGAAAGGUUAAGAUUAAAAGAUAUGAAAAUUAAACAAGAAAGAAAUAAUGGUAUCAACAAUUAUAUCAAAAAUAAAAAUAUGAAAAAAAACAAUUAUUCAUUUUUAUUAAAUAACGACAUGAAAAAAAAAGAAUUAAUAAUUGAAGAAGAAGAAGAAGAAGAAGAGAAAGAAGAAGAAGAGGAAGAUAUAUCAAGCAACGAAAUACAUAGGCUAGAAAAGGAGAUGGAUACAAAUGAAAAAAUAAAAAUGUUGAAAGAGAAAAAUAGAAAGUUGUUAUCUCUAAAUGAAUUUUAUAAAAAGAAAUUAGAACAUAUACAAGUGUGGAAAACAAACCUGGAAAUUAUGAAAAAAAAUAAAUGUAACCAGGUUAUUCCUAAUGAAAAUAGUAUGGAUAAUAAGGAAAGUAUUUUUUUCAGAAAAUAUAAAAGUGAAGAUGAUAAAGGUGUUUCAAAUAAAGUGGGAUAUACACAUAAUAAUAAUAAUAAAAAUUAUAGUAGUGGUAAUAAUAAUUAUAGUAGUGGUAAUAAUAAUAAUUAUAGUAGUGGUAAUAAUAAUAAUUAUAGUAGUGGUAAUAAUAAUAAUUAUAGUAGUGAUAAUAAUAAUAAUUAUAGUAGUGAUAAUAAUAAUAAUUAUAGUAGUGAUAAUAAUAAUAAUUAUAGUAAUAAUUUAAGAAAUGGAUUUACAUCCUUAUGGUUCCCACUCAUAUAUUUAAAACCUGUUGAGGAAGAAAACAAAAGAGAUGCAGAAUUAAUGUAUCUUUUAAAAAUGUUAGGUAGGUAUAAUAAUGAGAAUAAAGAAAAUGAUAUAUGGUUUUCUAAGAAUGAAGAUAAUGAUAGUAAUACGGAUUAUACAAAAUUUAUAAAUGAUAUAUAUAAUAAUGAUGAAAAUAUUUUUAAUUUUGCUUAUGAUGAAAAUGAAUAUAUUUCAUGUAUGAAGACAGAAAAUAAGAAAUUCACUGAUAAAUGUUAUAAUGAUAAUGAAAAUAUGAAUUAUAGAAAUAUAAAUGUAGAACAUAGAAAAGAUAAUAUUUUAUAUUCUCGAUACAAUGUUUUAAAUGUUUUAAAAAAGAAACUGACAUAUAUGUUUUGGCAACUUCUAGGUGAUAUUUAUAAAUACCGAAAUGUUAUCGUAGAAACAUGUAACUACAUAUAUAAUAUACAUAAUUUAUUUAAUGAAUAUAUAAAUAAGUAUGAAAAAGGUGAAAAGAAAAAUGAAGAAUAUUAUAAUAAGUAUAUGAAUGAUAAAGAGGAUGAUUUUUUAAAUGAGAAAUAUAAUUUAAGAAAAAUUAUAGGAAUAACAAAAUUAAAAUUGGAAAUAUGUACUAAUGAAUAUAUUGAAUUAAAAGAAAAUUAUGAUAAGGAAAAAAAACGUUUAAAUAUGUUAACAAAUACAUGUUAUGAGAAUGAAUGUAUGAAAUAUAAAAGUACCAUACAACAAUUUAAAAAUGUAGAUAAACAAUUAAAAAUAUAUAAAGCAAGAGAAAAAAAAUGGAUAAAUUUAGUUAAAUUCUUAAUAUUAGAAUUAAAGAAUUCUUCAAAAACAAAUCAAGAAGAUAUUAAAAAUAUGUGGAUAGAAAUUAUAUCUACUAAAAACGAAAUAAUUAAUCAUAAUAAUAUAUAUAUGCAUAAUAAUAAUACUAAUGAUUAUUUUCCAAUUUAUAAGGCAGAUCAAGAAAAAGGUACCAAUUUAUUAAAUGAUGAAAAAGUAUUCAUUCAGAAUAUAAACAGAGGUAUAGAUGAAAAUAACUUUCCUUUUGAAUAUAACCAUGAUAAAUCUACUAUCGAUAAUAAUAAUAAUAAUAAUAAUAAUGAUCUUAUAGUAAAAAAUAAUAAAACAGAUAAUGAAGUGAAUAGAAAUAAAAAAAAUAUUCAAAUGAAUGAAAAACAAAAUGAUAAAAUCAAUUUUUAUAAAAAAGAUUUUCAUUCUUUUUUAGAUGACAUAGUAAAAAGUGAAGUCUUUCAUUUUUAUUCAUAUGAUGAAUCAUAUAAUUUUAUUACAAAUAAAAUAAACUCGCAUAUUGAUAAUACAUCUAUUAACAUCAAUACAAAUGAAUAUUAUAGACAUGGUCAUGAAAUGUAUAUAGAUAAAGAAAAUAUGCAAGACUAUAAUUUAUAUUAUAAUAAAAAAAUAAACCAUCUCUAUAAUAGUUAUAUUCUUCGUAAUUAUAAUAAUGCACAUAAUAAUAACACACAUAAUAAUAAUGUACAUAAUAAUAACACACAUAAUAAUAACACACAUAAUAAUAAUGAACAUAAUAAUAAUGCACAUAAUAAUAAUGCACAUAAUAAUAAUGAACAUAAUACAACUAAACGUUUAUCAAAUCAAAUAAUGGAUAAAUUAUAUGAAGGAAACGAUUUCUUUAGUUUGGUAAGUAGUAUAGCAAAAGAAUCAUGUCUUAUUUUUCAAAUAUUAUUAAAAAUAAAAGAAGAUGAUAUAAAAGAGAAAACAGAAAAAAUAACAUCAUUAGAAAAAAAAUUAUAUUUAUUUAAACAAUAUAAUAUAAAUGAAAAAAAUAAAAAUAAAUUGUUAUUAGAGAAACAGGAAAUAUUAACUAAUAAAAUAAAUACAUUAAAUAUUGAUAAACAUAAAUUACAAACACAUAUAUCAUCAAUAAAUAAAGAAAAACUAUAUUUAAAAAGUAAUAAUUUAACAAAACAACAAGAACUUAAUUUAAUUAUCACAUAUUAUAAAAAUAUUAUUAUAUCCAUUCAAAAACAUAUAAACAAAUAUUCAACUGUUCUACAUCUAUUAGAUAAUAUACCUCAACAUGAUAAAGAUAUUAUUCUUAAUUUAACAAAUAACCCUGAUGAAAAAUGUAAGAAUUUAAUAUUCUCAUUACAUAAACAACAAAAGGAUGAUUUAAAAACAAAAAGUGAAUUCAACGAUGAAGGUUCUCACUAUUCUUCUAUUCAACAGACAAAUCUACAACUAUUACAAAGUAAAUCAACGAAUGAAAAUAUGAUCACAGGUCAUGAUAAAAGUGUCCAUUUGUCAGAUAUAUCCCUAUAA